AUGGCGGUGGCUGAGACGCAGCUGUAUGCAAAGGUGUCCAAUAAACACAGGAGCAAAAGCCCCUCUGCACUCCUGGAGUCUCUCCUGGCCAAAGGAUUCCCAGCUCACAUUGCGCAAAAAGCCUUGGUUGCUACUGGCCAAAAGUCAAUAGAAGAUGCUGCAAAAUGGUUGCACUCUCACUGUAACGAUCCCUCUUUGGAUGACCCCAUCCCCCAGGAAUAUGCUCUUUAUUUGUGCCCCACUGGCCACUUGUUUAACUGCCUGCAAGAGUUUUGGAAGGAGAGCAAGCGGCAAUGCGGGAAGAACAGAGCCCAUGAGAUUUUCCCUCACAUCACACUCUGUGACUUCUUCACGUGUGAAGACCAGAAAGUGGAAUUACUGUAUGACAUCUUAAAGAGAAUCUGCAACAGCUUUGCACAGAGAUUUCCACCAACUAUUUCCCUAUCAUUACACUCAUCCACCAGCUACCUUGGUUUCUUUGUUGGUGACAGCCACGCAAAUAUCCUCAAAGAGUUUGCUGUGGCCUUCUCUUCAGAGGCUUCAGCCCUAGCAGACUGUCACGUGAAGCCCUGCCUAAAGCAGCUCCACCUUACCUUGGCUCACAAGUUCUGUCCUCACCACCAGAAGACUUUGGAGCAACUCGCCAAAUGUAUUAACCCAGAGGAGACCUGCCACUGGGUAGCUGCUCUCUACUCAAGGGACAUGCGUUUUGUGCAUUACCAGACACUGCGGGCUCUCUUCCAGUACAAGCCCCAGAAUAUUGACGAGCUCAUGAUCAAUGCUGGGGACUUCAUCUACGUCAACCCAACACAGCAGUCUGAAGUCAGCGAAGGCUGGGUCAUCGGGACCUCGCACCAGAGUGGGUGCAGGGGUUUUCUUCCUGAAAACUACACAGAGAGAGCCAACGAGUCAGACACGUGGGUUAAGCACAGGGAAUAUGCUUUUGUGCCAGCUUCAAAAUUGUUCACCCAAUCCACAAAUGAUCCUAAUGUUAAGCUGAAUGGAGAAGUCCAUAAUCCUGUUAUGUCAAGGAGUGUAACUGAUGUUCUUUCACUUCAGCUUUCUCAGAACACCAAUCUGCGAAGAGGUGUGUUAGUGAUGCGCCAUGGAGAAAGAGUUGAUCAGGUCUUUGGGAAAUCUUGGCUUCAACAGUGCUUAACUGCAGACGGAAAAUACUACAGGGCAGACCUCAACUUUCCUUCCACCCUACCAAAACGGAAAGACAGUGUAAAGCAUUUUGAGCAUGAUCCUCCUUUAUCUUCCUGCGGUGUUUUCCAAUCAAGACUUAUAGGGGAAGCUCUGCUGGACCAGGAGGUGACAGUCAGCUACAUGUACUCAUCGCCUGCCCUACGCUGCAUACAGACAGCCCAACAUGUACUGCAAGGGCUUAAAUUAGACCAAAAAGUCAAAAUCAGAGUGGAACCAGGACUGUUUGAAUGGACCAAGUGGGAAGCAAGCAGAGUAAUUCCAAACUUUAUGACUCUCACAGAACUGACAGAGGCUUCUUACAACAUAGAUACAAGUUACAGGGGAAUCAUCCCACUCUCUUCUCUGGUCCCGUCAGAAAGUUAUGAGGAAUAUGUGAGCAGAAGCUCUGCAGUUAUAAAAGAGAUUGUCACUGCCUGCCCCAGCAAAGGUGUCAUCCUGAUUGUGGGGCAUGGCUCUUCCUUGGCAUCUUUCACCCGACCUCUGAUAGGACUCCCUGCCAGAGACAGCAGCGACUUUGCCCACAUAGUCCGAAAGAUCCCUUCUCUGGGCAUGUGUUUCUGUGAAGAGCUCAAAGAGGAGAAGAAAUGGCUGAUGGUUAACCCUCCAGUGAAGACAUUAACUCAUGGAGCAAAUGCAGCAUUUAACUGGAGAAAUAGUAUCAUGGAAGGUUAGAAGGCCAGCUUUGUCCUUGCAUCUGUCAAAAACAAGGUGAAGAUAGCUUGUGGUACAGCACAGUCCAGCAAUACAUCUAGAAAAGUUAAGAGUGGAUGAGAGUUGUCCUCUCUGAGGAGUCAAAGCACAGAAAGCAGUUUGGUGCCUGAACUUUGCUUUCUUCUCAGUAAUUGAGGAAAAAGAACAUAGGACCUGGCAUACAAGAGAGCAAAUUCUACUGCUAAAGGCACUCUAGUAGACAUUAUUACAUCUUCCAAGACCAAAAUAUAACCAGUUCAAUGCAGUAAAAAUUACUUGUUUCAUGCACUUCUAUAUUUUCAGUCAGGAAGAGAAAUAGAGACUGAAAAAAGCAGUCUCCUACCCAGAGAUGUCAGCUCUACCCAAGGCCAGUUGGUUUCCUGUUGACUCCUCCAGUUCUGCAAGAGCACAGGAGGAGGGGAAAUACCAUACAGACAAUAUGUUUACCUCUGCUACAAAAUAGAAUCAUUUUCUACCACAGCAAUU